AUUUUCAAGAAUUACAUGCCUCAAAUUUUCUUUCCAAAAAGAUGAACUCCACUACUCGAUUCCCAAUUAUCUUUUCUUUAAGUUUAAAAAUGUAAAAGAGUUCCAAGAAUCAAAUGCCCGAAUUCCCCAAGUUGGUACUAUUUGCUUCGACAAUUUGAAGAGCAAGAACUCUCAAUAUACUUUACUGACGAAGGGCAGCUCAUAAUGAAUAGGAAAGAUAUCUACUGGAAGACUUUGGUAUGUGUGCCUGAGUGAAGGGAAGUAAACAAGGGAGCUUGAUAAUCUUGAAAAUGGGGUUCUUGAGGGGAAGGAGAAUGUGGGUCAUUUUGGAUAAAGGUUUAUAGCAGUGGGGCAUGCAUGCAGAAGAUCCAUAGUAUGACCAAGCAAAUCUUGGAACUUGUGGGAGAGGUGGUCCUUCAAAGGAAGGGAGCCUUGGCGCGAUGGUAAAAGUUCUCACCGUGUGACUUAGAAGGUCACAGGUUCAAGCCGUGGAAACAACCUCUUGUAGAAAUGCAAGGUCUGACAAUGCAUAGAAGCUACACCAAUUAGUGCUGUUCAUUAAUGGAGAUAGCCCCUAAUGAAUCAAAGACACCUAGCAAGAUUGGAGAUAGACCAACCAGUGAUGUUGUCGUAAGGCUUAGAACGCAGGAUGGCCGUGAUGAUUGGCUUUACUGCCAUUCACAUAUUCUUGUCGAAGAGAGCAAAUAUUUUGCUGAUCGGUUAUCAGAUAGUUGGCCAACAUGUCAGAUUCUUGACUCGCGCAAUUGUGUUGAGGUUUACUGUGAAGAACCUGAUUUGGACUACCAUGUCAAUGUCCUUCGACUCUUCUAUGUCAUUGCAGAUAGUUUAAUGACUGAAAUUUGCCAUGGUGUCAGGAAUGCCCUUGGCAUUUUGCGGGUUGCUGUAAAGUUUGGAUGCCCAAGAAUUAUUGCGGUAUGUGUGGAUUAUUUGGAAGCAGUCCCAUGGGAGGAAGCUGAAGAGGAGGAGCUAUUAAAUACUAUACCAGGCAUGGGAUCCAAAGUGGAACCAGUACUUGCUCGUCUCCAACCAGUCAAUCCUACUGCAGUAAUGAAGAUUUUUCUUGCGGCCCUUCAAUUUGCUACAUCAUCACCUCCUUCACCUUUGAAUGAUCUGAAAACCACUGCUCAAGAACAGCUUGAAUACCUGCUUACUGAGGAUGAUGAUGCUCCUUUACUGACCGCCGAUGAUGAAAUAAAGCUAGAAGUCGUACGAUGUGCCAACAGGCUGUUUGAUAGAUUUAACAACCUUGUAGAAUCUCUACUGUGUGAUCUCCAAGAAUCAAUUUCAGAUGCUGGGAAAUUGCAAUCAUUGCAUUCCUGUUUAACAGAUUUGUCAUGGGCAUGUCAGAUAUUAGGAAAGCUUGAAAUUAUGAGAGAUUUUGUUUGCAGCUGGACAGAGUUGUCAAUGAAACUAGUUAAAAUUGUUCAACAAAAAGAAGCAGAAAAUCAAAUUCUAAAAACAAAGCUGAAGGUUCUUGAGGUGACAGCAAAAGUAUUAGAGGCAGUAGGAUAUGGCAUAGUUGUGUUACCGACUGUAAAACGACUUCACAUGGUGAAACUCUGGCUUCCUUUUGUCCGAUCCAUGAAGCCUUUAGUUGAUUCUUUCGCCGAGGAAACUGAGGAUGAUCUCACAAUAAAAGUCGAUAGUGAGUUAUGGCAAUCCUUGGAGUCAGCAUUUGUUUCCAUUAUACUUGCAUUGCCAUCAGUUGAUCAGGCAGAGAUUUUAACUGAGUGGUUGGAAAAUCAGCAGAUUCGAUAUCCAGACCUCACCGAGGCAUUUGAAGUGUGGUGUUACAGGUCGAAAGUUUCCAAGCGAAGGCUGGCAGCACUUGGGGAAGAGCACAAUACAGCUAAGACAGUGGUGGUUCUCUCUCCUUCCGAUCUUCUUUGUAAGAACGUUAUCAAUUUUGUCCAUUCAUUACAAUGAGCUUCUGAAUUUGGAUAGCGUGACAUGGAUCGAGCAUUUUACAUCCGUUUCUUCCAACAAAGUUUGUUUGUUGUGAAAGUAUGUUAUUGUAUAAUUGAGAAAUUGCUCCCAAUGUUUUUGUUUAGUGGUGAGAGUACAAUAUAUGAUGUGUGGGUGUAACGAUCCGACCGAUCGUUUUGAAUACUGGCUACCUUUUCUGUGUUC